AAACUCUCUUUCAUGUAUUUUACUGAAAUCUCCACCUUUUAUUUUGAAAGUUCUCUGUGGUGGUCGUCCUCUGGUGAAUUUACCGGUGAUUCUGUAAAGUACGGGUCUCCGUCUGCGGGUCGACACGACUCAAAGCUUCUCCGUGAACAUCUGCACACGGUCUGAGGAUUCUGGACUCUUGUGGACUCUUGUGGACUCUUCAUGGUUGUUUGCAUCUCCAGGUGAAGAAUCAUGUUUCAGAUCGUUCUACUGCUGCUUGUUGCACAGGUGUGUACCUGUGCUCAGGAGGGCGGAGCCUCUGUGGGCUGGGACACGAAUGAUGUCAUUGUCCCAGAGUUCAGUGACGUGUGCACCGAGGGCAGCUGUUACCCGGCAACAGGAGACCUUCUGAUUGGCCGAGCUCACCAACUAUCGUCCACCUCCACCUGUGGUUUGACCCGGCCUGGACCGUUCUGCAUCGUCAGCCACCUGCAGGAGGAGAAGAAAUGUUUUGUGUGCGACUCAGCGACGCCGUACGACGAGCGGACCAAUCAGACGAGCAGCCACGGCAUCGAGAACGUCGUCACCACGUUUGCUCCAAACAGAUUAAAGACGUGGUGGCAGUCUGAGAAUGGUGUGGAGAAUGUCACCAUGCAGCUGAACCUGGAGGCGGAGUUUCACUUCACUCACCUCAUCAUGACCUUUAAGACGUUCCGUCCAGCUGCCAUGGCGAUUGAGCGGUCAGCUGACUUCGGUAAGACGUGGCAGGUUUAUCGUUACUUUGCGUACGACUGUGAGACGUCGUUCCCCGACAUUUCCCAUGGUCCAAUGCAGAAGGUCGAUGAUGUCAUCUGUGACUCACGUUACUCUGACAUCGAGCCAUCCACUGAAGGCGAGGUUAUUUUCAGAGUACUGGACCCGGCGUUCAGGAUCAACGACCCGUACAGUCCCAGGAUUCAGAACAUGUUAAAGAUAACCAAUCUGCGGGUUAAGUUCACUAAACUUCACACGCUUGGAGACAACCUGCUAGACUCUCGUAUGGAGAUCAAAGAGAAGUAUUACUAUGCCGUCUACGACAUGGUGGUGCGAGGAAACUGCUUCUGCUAUGGCCACGCCUCUGAGUGCGCCCCUGUUCACGGAGCAGGUUCAGUCCUGGAAGGCAUGGUUCAUGGUCACUGCAUGUGUAACCACAACACCAAAGGUCUGAACUGUGAACACUGUCAGGACUUUUACCAUGAUCUUCCCUGGAGACCGGCAGAGGGACGCAACACCAAUGCCUGCAAGAAGUGUAACUGUAACCAGCACUCGGACUCGUGUCACUUUGACGCGGCCGUGUUCAUGGCUUCAGGAAACGUCAGCGGUGGCGUCUGUGACAACUGUGGACACAACACAGCGGGACACAACUGUGAGCAGUGUCAACCCUUUUACUACCAACACCCAGAGAGAGAUGUGAGAGACCCAAACAUCUGCCAGCCAUGUAACUGUGACCCUGUUGGAUCUCUGAACGGAGGGUCAUGUGACCCGAUGACUGAUGUUGUCAGCGGGCUGAUCGCGGGUCAGUGUCGCUGUAAAGUCAACGUAGAGGGAGAACGCUGCGAGCGCUGCAAACACGCCCACUAUGGUCUGAGUGACGAGCCGGAAGGUUGUAAAGCAUGUACCUGUAGUCCACUGGGAACACUUCCUGGAGGAAAUCCAUGUGACCAGGAAUCAGGAAGUUGUUUCUGUAAACGUCUGGUGACGGGACGGGACUGUGACCAGUGUGUGUCUGAACAUUGGGGCCUCAGUAAUGACAUGGACGGCUGCAGAUCGUGUGAUUGUGACCUUGGAGGAGCCGUCAACAACCAUUGUGAUCAUGUGACGGGUCAGUGUGUGUGCAAAGAUCACAUGUUUGGCCGACGUUGUGAUCAGGUGGAGUCUGGAUUCUUUUUUGUUGCCUUGGAUCAUUAUACAUAUGAAGCAGAAGAUGCCACAUUUGGACCCGGUGUGACCGUUGUGACAAGGCCACACCCACAGGAUCGCAGUACCACCUGGACAGGUGUUGGCCUGGUCAACGUACCAGAGGGCGCUUUCCUGGAGUUCACUGUGGACAACAUCCCUCACUCCAUGGAGUAUGACAUCAUCAUCCGCUAUGAGCCUCAGCUUCCUGACCAAUGGGAGGAGGUUCUGAUGACAGUGAUGAGGCCUGAGCCAAUCAGAGCACACAGCCGCUGUGUUAACACAGUUCCCGAUGAUGACAACCAGAUGACUUCACUUCAUCCUGGCUCACGGUACAUGGUUCUUCCCAGACCAGUGUGUUUUGAAACUGGUCUGAACUACACGGUCCGCCUCAGUCUGCCUCUCUACUCUGCCCUCAGUGACGUCCAGUCUCCAUACACACUCAUCGACUCGAUUGUGCUGAUGCCGCACUGUAAGAACCUCGAUGUCUUCACCACCUUAGAAGGUGGAGACUCUCACAGAAACAGCGGCUGGGACACUUUCCAACGUUAUCGUUGUCAAGAGAACAGUCAGGGUGUCAUCAAGACGCCGAUGACGGACAUCUGCAGAAACUUCAUCUUCAGCAUCUCUGCCAUGUUACACCAAGGAGCUAAAGAGUGUCAGUGUGACCCACAAGGUUCCCUCAGCACAGUGUGUGACCCCAGUGGGGGUCAGUGUCACUGUCGUCCUAAUGUGGUCGGUAGAAACUGUAACCGAUGUUCUCCGGCCACGUUCCAGUUCGGACCCAAUGGCUGCAGAGAAUGUGAGUGUGACCCUCAGGGUUCACACAGUCAGUUUUGUGAUCAGCUCAGCGGACAGUGUGCUUGUGUGUCGGGCACAUAUGGUCGGCAGUGUGAUGACUGUCUGCCGGGUCACUGGGGUUUUCCCGCCUGCCGACCCUGCUCGUGUAACGGUCACGCUGAUUCCUGUGACCCGUUCACUGGCUCCUGCAUCGACUGUAGGGACCACAGCUCUGGAUACAGCUGUGACAGAUGUCUGGAUGGUUACUAUGGUGACCCAGUCUUGGGGUCUGGAGACCACUGUCGUCCAUGCAUGUGUCCUGAUGGCCCUGGCACCCACAGACAGUUUGCAGGAAGUUGUUACCAAAGCAACGAGUCCCAGCAGGCGAUCUGUGUCUGCAACACUGGAUACAAAGGUACUCGUUGUGAUGAGUGCACCUCUGGUUACUAUGGAAACCCUGGCGAGCCAGGCGGCCAGUGUCAACCCUGUCAGUGCAACAACAACAUUGACGUGUCGGAGCCAGAAUCCUGCGACGCUCGUAGUGGCGAGUGUCUGCGCUGCCUGUACCACACUGAGGGCGUCGCCUGUCACCACUGCAAACAGGGUUACUAUGGAAAUGCUCUGCUGCAGGACUGCACAAAGUGUGUGUGUAACCAGCUCGGCAGCGAUCCCUCCAGCCGCCAAUCAUCUGGAGAAUUUGAGUGUGAGCGCAGCAGUGGUCAGUGUCAGUGUCUGUCAAAUGUGAGGGGUCAACACUGUGACCGCUGCGCUCCAGACACCUGGAACAUGGGCAGCAGCAGUGGCUGCCAGGCGUGCAACUGUGACCCCAAUCAUUCAUACGGGACAUCCUGUGAUGAGAUCAGUGGUCAGUGUUCCUGUCAUCCAGGCUUUGGAGGAACAACGUGCACUGAGUGUAGAGAGCUGUUCUGGGGAGACCCAGAGGUCAAAUGUCAUGCGUGUGAUUGUGACCCUCGUGGAAUCUCUGAACGUCAGUGUAACAGAGUCAGUGGUCAGUGUGUGUGUGUGGACGGAGUGUCAGGACUGCGCUGUGACCUCUGCGCCCGCGGAUUCUCAGGAAACUUCCCCGACUGCCAUCGUUGCCAUCAGUGUUUUGCAGAGUGGGACGACGUCAUUGGUCAGCUGACCAAUCAAACACAUCGCCUGGUCAAUAAGGUCAAUGCCUUGAAAGCCAGUGGUGUGAGUGGACCCUAUAAGAAGUCCAUGGAAGUCAUGGAGAAGAGUGUCACUGACCUCCAGAUCCUCCUGAACCAGAACCCAGCUUCACAGCCACUCACUGAGAUCCAGCUCCUGCUGCAACAGGCCGGUGACCUGAUGACGUCUCUGACCCAGAUGUUAAACCACACAGAACAGACUCUGAUCCAGGUGAAAGACCAGGACUCAGCUGCUCAAACUAAACUAGACUCUGUGACGUCAGAUGCUCAGAAACUGGAGCAGACGGUUCAGGAGCUCCUGGAUCAGGUGGAGUUCAUCAAAAACUCUGACAUCAGAGGGGCGACGGACAGCAUCACUAAAUACUUCCUGCAGUCUCAGACAGCUGAAGCUCAAGCCAACGCCUCCACUAUCAGUGAUGGCAGCAGUGUGAAAAUGUCUGCCACUGUAAGGAAACUGGCAGAGAAGAAAGUGAAUGAAAGCAGAGAAGAGUUCCUCAGGAGACACAGUGAGCAUGCCCAGAACCUGGACCAGCUGGCAGGACAGCUGCAGACUCUGGACCUGUCAGAGAUCAGCCACAAGACAUGUGGAAGUCCAUCACUGGGUCAGGAUCUGUGUGUGUCCUCUCCCUGUGGAGGUUUGGGCUGUGUGGGCUCUGACGGUCAGAGCAUUUGUGGAGGUGAAGGAUGCGAUGGCGUCGUGGCGACGGCCAACAGUGUAUGGAGGAAUGUUCAAAAGUCAGAACAGGAAAUCAUCGAUGCCAUGGGGGAGGUUGAAAAACUGUCAAAGAUGGUGUCAGAAGUGAAGCUUAAAGCAGAUGAAGCUAAACUGAAUGCUCAGGAUGUUCUGAUGAAGACAAACAGGACCAAGCAUAAAGUGGACCAGAGUAAUGAGGAGCUGAGACAUCUCAUCAGACAGAUCAGAGACUUUCUAACACAGGAAGCCGCCGACCUAGAGAGCAUCGAGCUCGUAGCCAACGAGGUUCUGCAGAUGCAGAUGCCGACGACUCCGGCUCAGCUACAGAACUUGACGGAAGAGAUUCGGGAGAAAGUGGGAGAACUCGGUCACGUGGAGACUAUUUUGCAACAGAGCACUGACAACAUAGAAAGAGCUGAGAACCUGCUGAACCAGGCCAGGCGAGCGAGUGAGGACGCAGCUGAUGUGAAAGACUCUGCAGAGAAGGUGAAGCGAGCACUGGAAGAAGCUCAGAGAGCUCAGAGUUCUGCCACCAGUGCCAUCCAGCAGGCGUCCGCCAACGUGCAGCACACCAACAACCUGCUGUCCACGGUGAACUCUGAGACGGCAGAAGCUGAGCUGAAGCUAACCAACGCCACCCGGAGGCUGCAGAAACUCGAGCACGAUGUAACCCAGCUAAGAGACAAAGUUGUGAAUGCGACUCAGAGCAGUGAACAAACCAAUAAGGAUGCAGCAAGCAUUAAACGUGUAGCUGAAGAGGUGAAGAAAGAUCUGGACUCAGACCUGAAGGAAAAGUAUGCCACAGUAGGACAGCUGAUUGGACAGAAGGCGGGAGGCGUGGCUGAUGCCAAGAAAAAGGCAGAAUCCCUUCAACAGGAAGCCAAAGAGCUGUUAUUGCAGGCCAGCGACAAACUGCAGCUGCUGAAAGAUCUGGAGAAGUCGUACAAAGACAACCAACAAUCUCUGGAGGUGAAGGCGGAGCAGCUGGUGGAACUGGAGGCUGCAGUCAAACAGCUGCUGCAGGACAUUAGCCACAAAGUCACUGUGUACAGCACCUGUCUUUUCUAGACUGUUUCAGGAUUAAAGUGACUGUCUAUAUUUUCAUUCAAUUAAAAAAAGGUUCCCACCA